AUGGGCCGACGAAACGUGACCAUCUUGGGAAAUACGCUCGGGGUGAUUGGAUGUAUUGUUGCCUCCCAGGCAACAUCCAUUAAUACUGUCAUCGCGGACAUGGCGUUGAUUGGGUUUGGGGGCCGUCCUCAACUUCUCGCAUAUGCCGGGGCCAACGAAAUCGUCCCCAGAAAAUCUAGAGGUACAACCAUGGCCUGUGUGAGUCUGGCAUCGAUCCCGAGAGCAGCCUUCGGCGCCGUCAUUGCCUACACUCUUGCUGAACAUUUGGGAUGGCGAUGGGCCUUCUACGUGGGCCACAUGUCAAACGCGGAACUCGAUUAUGUGGGGGUGAUCCUUUAUGCGGGCGGCUUGACGAGCUUUUUGGUGGGGGUAACAUUUGGAAACAGUCCAUAUCCUUGGACAAGCGUGCACGUUCUUGCCCCUUUGCUGGUUGGAGGAAUCACUGUGUUUAUUGCAUUCCCACUUUGGGAGAUCUAUUGCCCCUAUCAGGUGACGAAACUAUGUCCUCCCAAAUUAUUCAAAAACUUCAGAGGCUUUACACUUCCACAGUGUGCGACAUUUGUUGCUAGUAAGAUAUAUUCCUCUGCUAAUUUGCGAAUAGUGGUUCAAAUACUGUACACAGCUGUGGCAGAAGAGGUUGGUUGGUAUAGUCUUGCACACAAUGGCGCAGGAACUGCGGGAGCUAUAUUUUCAGGGGUCGAAUUUGCCAGGUUUCGGAGGACAAAGUGGCAGUUGCUGAUAGCAACGAAUACACCUGUGAUGGCUUGUGUAUUCGUGGCCCUAGGUGCCGUGGCCGCCUCGGCUACACAAAUUUAUGGAAUCUUGAUCAUCCAAUUUGGAGCCAAAGAUCAUCAAAUUGGAAUUGCUACCGGCUUGUCGGGAACUUUUCGGGCCGCAGGGGGAAGCAUUGGCACUGCUGUCUACUCAACAAUUCUCAAUCAACAAAGCAAACCCAAGCUUGUGCCAGCCAUUUCUACUGCUGUCCUGCAGGCUGGAUUGCCGCCUGCUUCUCUAACAGCUUUCUUGCCGUUGCUUGCUGUUCCAGGAGCAACCCCUGCAAUCAUUGCAGCCGGUAGAGAUGCUGUCCGCACCGUCUAUUCCAAUGCGUUCUCAAUGGUCUUCCUAGUAAGCAUUGCAUUUGGAGUCACCGCCGCCAUAUCAGCAGCAUUUGUUCGAAGCGUGGAUGAUAAAUUGACAACACACGUUGCUGUUAGGCUUGAUAAUCCCCAUCUCAUCCCAGGUCAGGGUCGUGACGAAGCGAUGGUCCUUAGCACCAAAGAAGUUGAAGUUGCUGGCGAGGGCCAGGUCCUUCAUUUGCUGCUCAAUGAUGUGGACCCGGUCAUAAGGUCAGUGAGAGUUGCAUGUUGGACGUUCUAG